ACUUCUGGCAACUUUAUUUUGUAUAUCAACGUAUAUCGUAUGUAUAUCAACGUUGUCUUCAGAAAUAGCUUGAAAUUUUAUUAAAAUAGGAAUUGGAUAGUUAAAAGUGCAAUAUAGGCAGAGUUGAAAAUGUCGGUGCCCACAUAUGAGUUCAAGGUGGAAAUGACCUGCACCGGUUGCUCUGGAGCUGUGGAAAAAGUUCUCGGCAAGUUAAAAGAAAAAGUCGAGAAAGUCGAUAUCGAUCUGGACAACAAAAAAGUUUUCGUUACUUCAAACCUCUCUUCAGAAGAGCUGCUCGAAACCAUAAAAAAAACUGGUAAAGGGGUAACCUAUGUUGGUUUGAAAGAAUAGGAGUCGUGGCUCUACUCGAAACUCAGGGGUAUUUCCUUUUUUUAUUUCAUAUACAUGUGACACAGCAUAACCGAUUAAUUUAGUAUAAGCUAAAUAAAUUUUAUCUGUCGACUAUAA